AUGACGGCACCUGCACCACACCGGCGGCGGGCACAGGCGUUCUGUGCGCAGGCGCUGUUGCUGUUGCUGCUUCAUCGAUCUCUGCCGGUCAAAUCUCUGACCGAGGGCAGCAUUGGCGUGUCGGAAGUCGGCAGCAUUGGCGAAGUGGAGAGCUGCACGGGUGCCCUCAACCCAAUCGGGCUGGUGCUCGACUUCUCGACGGAUGAUAUCUCCGGGGACACCAACCUCCUGGGUGGAUUUCCAGGGCAGGUUUCAACCGAUUUCACGGAUGCUGCCAACUGCACCGGCAAACUCCCCUGGGGCACGCCAGCACCGGAAGGCGGCUGCCCGUGCGGCUGUGGCUGCCAAUGCAACAAUCCGGAUCCUGCCGCUGUCGAGCAGGGCGGAGCCAUGCUGCGGUUGCGCAAGGUCGGUCGACUCUACGACGGCACCGGAGCUGCUGCCACGAUCCUGGACCUGAUGGUCAAGAACACAACCUAUUACAUGCCGUGGGCUAGUGACCAAACCGGCCGUGGGACCAAUCAGACGUUUGCGCAGGUCAGCCUGGCCGCCGACCAGAAUGCCACCUUCCUGUACCGGCUGAUCGCCAACGACUAUGCGUGCCCAACCGGAGCAGAUUGUGAUCCGCCGGCGGUGGAAGUUCCCUACUCCCGUGCCCUCGCAGCAUACGACUUCUGCUUCUUUGACUUUGACACGGGCCCGCAGUCAAACCCCUCGGACCCCAACCUCGGGGAGACGUUCACCACUUGCGGCAUCGACACAAGCACCUCCUAUGGCGGCUACUUUAUGCACGGGAGGAAGCCCAACUCGGAGAAUCCGGUGACGAAGUUUCUGUGCGAUGAAAUUGACACCACGGACUACAUGGACGUCACAGAAGGCGCGAUCGACGGCGGGACCGAUUGCGUCAGAGUAGUGGCUAAAAAGGAGGGCGUUGGCAGUGACAACCCCCGCCUGUUCUCAGAGGUGCUGAUGAAUUUCCCCUCAUGCGACGACGGCGACUGCGCAGGACUGUGCGCGUCCUACGACACAUGCCCCAACUUUACAUGUGAUCAGCUCGAAAUCGACGACGAUGGCACGACCUCAUGUGGUGACGCCGCGGAUGGGACGGUCACGUCGGGCUUUGAGCGCUCACCAGGCGUCGUGCCGGACAUCCUCACCUGUAGCUCCAAAGAGGAAACGAUCCCCGGGGCUGGCGUCUACCCGUCAUCUUCCGGGGUUGCGGACAGGCUGGUAUGGCGUCCCUAUCGCUACACCAUGCCCAAAUUCGUCUGCGUCACAUACCCCAAGAACACGGGCGAGUUCAACGUCACGUACAAGGUCGGGAAGCUCUUCCAGGGUGACUCCACCGAGGCCCACGUGCUCGACCUCGUCAUCAGAAAUACCACUGAGUACAUGCCAUGGUCGAGCGCGCAGAAUGGACGCAGCGACGGUGAUACCUUUGCACAGAUUUCCCUUGCCGCGAGCCAGUCGCUUGCGAUGCGCUUCGCAUUCGAGGAUUCAGUCACCGGCAAGGAGACUCAGAUCCCGUAUCCUUACGACAUGUGCUUCUUCGACAUGGACACGGGCACGACGAUUGAUGGGGUCGAGGUUCUCGCGGAGACGCUUCAUGCUUGCGGCGUCUCGAGCUUCUUCCAUCAGGGGAAGAAGCCUGCCGAUCGACUGGGGCUGCCCGCACGCGUGGCCGACUACAUCUGCAACAGCACCGACAUCGCUGUGGAGGACUACAUGGAGAUCAACAGCACCGACAGCUGCGUCACGGUGCGCGCGCUCGCCAAGGGUAUUGGCAAGGACAACCCUCGCUCGUGGUCCGACGUCUUGCUGCUUGACGGCGACAUCAGCGCAGGGCCCUGGGAAGCGAGUGGCCGUUGCGCCGACUACAAUCUUUGUCCACCCUCGGGUGUUUCUGGCGAGGCUCGUGGACCCGGCGUCCCCGGGCCUAUCCAGGACAUUAUCACAUGUGAACCUGGCAGCACUGACGGCAGCGAUGAGGCGGGUGUGUAUCCCAGCACAACCACGCCAGGGGGCAACUCGAUCCUGGCGCGGCUGGUGGGCAAGCCAUACCGCUAUACGAUGCCCAAGUUCAUAUGCCUAACAUACCCGGCCGGCACCUCCAACUUCACCGUGACAUUCACCGUCGGCAACAACCCGCCGUCACCCGCUGGGUAUGGGCGGAAUAUGCUCUUUGCGGGCACCGGCAAUGCCGAAUGCAUCUUUGAUGAGGCACCCCCCAGCCAGGGAACGCUUUGCGAGCCGCCUCGGCCGACUUUCGUGUGCGACGCACUGGACGAGAAGCAGCUGACGACCUCCCUGCCCUUCAAAGUUCAAGUGCGGGUGCUCGAUGAGAAAGCCGAGGCGAUGUCGUCGUUCCAAGGCGACAUCAUGCUGCUCGCGAUUUCGCGCCGCACGUGCCUCGCGGAGGGGUUCGAGCGCAAAGCACUGGGGCGAUGGCAGCCCGCCUCGAGCCCACUCCACCACGAGAGCCAGUACUCCCACGGUUUCGACUCGGAGGUGGCGGCGCCCGGCUCGAGCCACAGCCUCUACCUGAGCGGCGGCAACGACGCCAACUUUGGGAUGACGCUCAAACUGCCAGCGACCGCGCUCGAGGCCGAGCCUCCGGAGCACUCGCCUGCGGCGGGCGGCGGGCCCGGCGAGUCCGAGUACGAGGACGCGGCGGCGCUGAACGGCAAGUUCCAGCCGGACGCGGUGUCCUUCUACGUGCGCACAGACAACAGCCUCGCGGACGCGGGCCACUUCAUCCUCGGCGAGAGCAACGAGGUGAACCGGCGCGUCGCGCAGUUUCAGUUUACGCGCGACGGCAAGAUGGGCCUUCUGGGGACAGGGGGCACGACCCACGGCGCGACGCCGUACGAGAGCAACCGGUGGUACCACGUGAUGCUGUGCUUCGACUGGAAGCGCAAGACCGUCGCCUUCUCCGUCGACGGAAAGCUGCUGCAGCGCUCGGUGCCCUUUCGGCGCGAGGCGUCCAACUUUAUCGGCGCGUGCGCGCUCGGCAACCGCGACCGGUGCACCACGUGGUUCGACUCGAUCCGGUUCGUGCAGGAGACGACGCUCAACCGCGUCGCGGUCUCGAUCGUCGACGGCGUCGCCGAGACGUGGCUCGGCCCGCUCGGCGAGGACGAGGAGGGGCGUUCGCUCGCGGCGCGAGACGGGUUUGUGCUACGCGCGGAGGAUGCCGACGGGCAGGUGUCGGAGCUCGCCGGCCCCUACCACCCGCUCUGCCGGAUCGAGGGGGCGCAGCGCGUCGCGAUCAACAACGCCGCCCUCGCCGACUUCAACACCUUGCUCGCCGACGACGCCAGCGCCGACGUCACCUUUGUGGUUGGCGGGCGAGACGUGCCGGCGCACCGCUGCAUCCUCGCCGCGCGGUGCGAGACCUUCCGCCGAAUGUUCAACUCUUCGAUGCGCGAGGGGUCGCGCGAGGAGGGACAGCGCGUGCCGAUCGCCGAGGUGUCGCACGCGGCCUUCUCCUGCAUGCUGCAGUACAUCUACAGCGGCGCGGUCGCCGUGCCAGAGGAGCUUGCCCUCGAGCUGCUCGGCCUCGCGGACCGCUACCUGCUCGAGGGGCUCAAGCUGCUCUGCGGCUUCACGCUCACGCGCAUGGUCUCCGCAGACACCGUGGCUCCCAUCCUGCAGGCCGCCGACCGGUACGACUCGCCGUCGUCGCAGCUCAAGGCGCACUGCAUGCAGUUCGUCCUCUCCAACUACGAGGCGGUCGUCAACUCGCCCUCCUUCGAGGAGCUCACCUCGAGCCCGCAGCUGCUGCUGGCGGUGACGCGCGCCGCAGCCAAGGUGGUCGCCCCGUCCGGCAGCUCACGACAGAUCUCGUGGGACUCGGACGGCGCGCCGGGGAGCAAACGCGCUCGACACGCGUGAGGACGUGGCGCGCGCCAGAGGGCGCGGUGAGGGGAGGGAAGGGCGAGGGAAGGGCGGGGCGUAGCCGCCGCGCUUAUGUACCACAAUUGGGGAGGGGGAGCGGCCGCCUUGGAGGCCUCGUGUAGACACGCGUGGGCCAGAGUGCGAUGGUGGUGAUGAUACAUUCAUGCUGUGAGCCUGUG